AUGAAGGACAUCCGAGCAACGAAGAGAAGAAGGGUCUCCGAGGAUGCUGAUGGAGACAUCGAGAUGGAGAAUGAUAAUCAAGAUGUAUUCUCCGUCCCGUCAUCUCCCAACAACAACAGAACUUCUCCCACGCCGGUAAAAAGUGCAUCAAGGCGUCGAUCUCUCCGUGGGGAAGACAAACCAGACACUGAAACGACGGCCCAAGGUAGCGACGGGAAAGAUGUGGCACAGACUCCCCCACGCGUUGGGACACGAUCAAGUGGGCGGCAGCGCAAAACACCUAAAAGAUACGAGGAGGAGGUCGUGACACCAUCAUCGAGGAGAAAACCAGCAACCACUCCUUCACGAAGCGCGCGUGCCACCCGAAGCGCACAAAAGCCGCCCCGAUCUCCAGCAGAAGACGAGAAUGAGCCUGAUUCUGAAGAAGAAGAGGAGGAGGAGGAGGAGGAUGACGAUGACGAUGAAAUGGACCUCGAUGAGUCGUCCCCGGAGCCCGCCCCUCGUACAAGCACAAGGAACAAAUCGAAGAGAACCACCGCGAGAGCCAGCACGAGGACUACCGCGAGGACCACUACGAGAACGACUGCGAAACCCAGAUCCAAGAGAGCUGUGGCCGCAGAGCCGAAAGAAAAGUCGCCUUCGCCUGAGUAUCAGGACGGCUUGGACGACCUCGUUACCAUGCAACUACAGGAAUAUAUUCAUCACCAGCCCGAGAUGCCGGAGAUUGUCGAUGUUUCGGAACCAUUGCCAGAAUAUGCUGAAAAGUUCCAAGCGCUCUGCCAGGAGGAGGGCCUUGAAGAGGAAAUACGCAUUCUAUCGACUGUCCUACUCGAAAAGCUAUCAGGGAAGCGACAAGUCCCAGUGCGAGGGCUUGAACCCGAAUACCAAAAGGUUCAUCAGCUCAUUGAGCAGACGGUCUCCAUCGGCGAGGGUAACUCCAUGCUUCUUCUUGGAUCCAGAGGAUGCGGCAAGACCGCGAUUGUGGAAUCCAUCAUUUCGUCUCUUAAAAAGGAACACAGCAACGAUUUCCACGUUGUUCGUCUCAAUGGAUUCCUGCACACAGAUGACCGUCUUGCUUUGCGCGAAAUGUGGCGCCAACUUGGCCGUGAGAUGCAUACCGAGGAAGAUGCGGCCAAGGUCAGUUCUUAUGCGGAUACGAUGGCGACGCUCUUGGCUUUAUUAUCGCACCCAGAGGAACUCUUCGGGGCUUCUGGAGACUCAGGGUCAAAAACUGCUGCGAAAUCCAUCGUGAUCUUGUUGGAUGAGUUCGACCUAUUUGUUACUCACCCACGACAAACACUGUUGUAUAAUUUGUUUGAUAUUGCCCAGGCCCGCAAAGCCCCCAUCGCGGUCAUUGGGCUCACGACAAAGGUCGACGUAACUGAGAUGCUCGAGAAGCGUGUCAAGAGUCGGUUUAGUCAUCGGUAUACUUACGUUCCUCUACCUCGAUCCUUUGAGAUCUUUUCAGAUAUUUGCCUAGGGAGCCUGGAUCUCAGCGACGUCGAAAUGGCUGAUAUUGCAAAUGAACUUGGGUCCGAACGCACUCUAGUAGAGUCAAAUAAAUGGAAGACGCUGCUAGAGGGAUGGAAGGAAUAUUUGAAGCAUCUGUGGAAUGACAAGGAGUUUCAAUUCCACCUCAAGCGCAUCUACAACCAAACCAAAUCAGCAAAGGAAUUCUUCAACAGCGCACUUCUCCCGAUCAGCGACUUGCUACAAAGUGUAUCAACCGCCGACACCAGCAUACCCGAAGUCCCCACCCCGAAAAAUUUCGCUUCCCAGUCCCUUGAUUGCCCCGACCCAGCACCUCUCCCUUUCUCCACAUCUAUCACAUCAUCCAGUCCCUCCUCAUUGCCAUUGGCUCUGUUGGUAGCCGCAACACGCCUAGCAGCCCUGUUCGACCCCGGAAACGAUGGGUCUCAAUCACAUAGCAUGGCACCACUUUCACUGUCAUUCCCUGCCGCGUAUGCAGAAUACGUUCGGCUCCUGACCUCCGCCAAGAUAUCUGCUUCGGUCUCGGGAGCUGCUGCCACACCAGGCCGUGUCUGGGGCCGAGAUGUGGCCCGAGAGUCCUGGGAAAAGCUGCUCAGCUGGGGACUUGUGACUCCCGUGGGCAGUGGGAAUGGCACUGCUGACGGACAGAUGUUCCGUGUGGAAAUCAGCUUCGAGGAGGUUAUUGAAAUGGCGGGCUCCGGAGGUGCUUUGGGUCAGUGGUGGCGCGAAUAA